UAGCUUUUCAGAGCUUUGGAAGAGUAGAUGGUUUUCAAUAGUAAUAACUGCCUCUAUCACACCAUGAGAGGGAAUGUUUGUUAAAAAAAAGUGAUUUUACCUUAUACACCUUGAAAACGGAUGAUUUAAAACAUAUUUGAAAUAAUACUCUUUCAAAACAAAAGGAUUUGCUUAUUUUAAUGAAAUAUUAUAUAGAAGAGGAAUUACAAAAUAACACAUCUUUUGAACAGACUGUCCUGGGGCUCUGUUUACCUAGUAAAUCAACUUCAUCCAGGCACGUUCUUGCUGAUACGGUACUUGGACAAAUCACGCAUCUUGCUGGUUUCAUCUGCCCAUUAAAAAAAAAAACACACAAAAACCCCACAGUGAUUGGAUUAUUUUUAUUUAAUUAAUUAUUUUUCCUGCAUAGUUAAAAAAAUGCUUGUUUUGGCUGAAAUGGUGGGUGCUUGUCAUUAAACGAGGCGCCUCUUUUUUUCCGCCUGUGAACUACUGCCCACUUGCCAUCAGGUGUCUCUUGGAGAGCGAUCUGGGAGACAAAAAGCAGAAUCUUGGCUGACGUCUAUUGCGAGUAUUUGAUCUGCCUUCAGGGAAAACGGGGACUCCCUAUUUCUUCAUACAUGACUAAAACUGAGGAGGGCUGCUGGAUAUCUGUAGACGUAACCAUUCUCACUUCGCUCUAAGAACAGCUCCGAUAGCACUUUUGUUAACUUGAAGUUGGAUCUUAAACGUUCCGCUAGCUUGACUUAUAUUGACAAGUUGAUGGAUGUAGGAAGCGGAAUCAAUAUCUUUUUGCAAAUGCCUUGCGUUUAGUCAGUUGAAUUUGUAUGCUUAUGCAGUUGUAAAACAACAACAUCGGCUACUGCGGAUUUUGUUAUGAACUGAAGACGUCAAAGAAAUUCGUAACAACUGUAUUUUGUAUGUGCUUUGUGCAACUUUUUUAGUGACUUAAUUGAUGCGGUAUCAGCGGUCCAAUCGAUCAGAGUGCUGCACUUGCAAAGCCUGAAGAAGUGCCUGUUAUCUCAAGCAAGCUGCUCACACAAGCCGCUACAGACCUCUGCAGCGAAGAAGUCAGAAGGACAUGUCCUCUUGAUUUUAUUUGUAUUUAUAUAUACGUAUAUAAUUAUCAUUUAGUUUAAUUUGCAAAGAACGGACGGUUUUUAAGACGCUUCUUUAUUUCAGUAACUGUUGUUAUUAUUAUUAUUAUUAUUAUUAUUAUUAUUAUUAUUAUUAUUAUUAUUAUUAUUUAAACAGCAAUAGACCUCAAUUUAUCAUUGUUUGAGCUCAGAAUAUUGCGCACAGAUUUACUACCGAAGUAUGUUACGAAGCCUGUUCUUUUCGUUGGGGUUCUUGCUGGUUGUCUUGGGCGGAGUGGAACCUCAACCAUGCCCAGCUCAGUGCUCUUGCUCCGGGACCACGGUGGAUUGUCACGGGCAAGGAUUGCGCAACGUACCGCGAAACAUCCCCAGAAACACCGAGAGACUGGAUUUGAAUGCUAAUAACCUCACAAGAAUAACAAAGUCAGAUUUUGCUGGACUGAGGCACCUCCGAGUUUUGCAACUCAUGGACAAUAAGAUUAGCGCUAUUGAGAGAGGAGCGUUCCAGGACCUAAAGGAGUUGGAAAGACUGCGUCUGAAUAAGAAUAGCUUGCAAGUAUUUCCUGAACUGCUCUUCCUGGGAGCUGUGAAGCUGUAUAGACUAGAUCUGAGUGAAAACCAGAUUCAGGGCAUUCCAAGAAAAGCUUUUAGAGGUGCCGUUGAUAUAAAAAACCUGCAACUGGAUUACAACCAGAUCAGCUGUAUCGAGGAUGGGGCGUUUAGGGCUCUGCGCGACCUGGAAGUGCUCACCCUUAACAACAACAAUAUUACCCGUCUGUCUGUGGCAAGCUUCAACCACAUGCCAAAGCUCAGGACUUUCCGGCUCCACUCUAACCACCUGUACUGUGAUUGCCAUAUGGCCUGGCUUUCUGAUUGGCUGCGCCAGCGACCUCGGGUUGGACUCUAUACCCAGUGCAUGGGACCCACCCACUUGAGGGGCCACAAUGUUGCAGAGGUUCAAAAGAAAGAGUUUGCCUGCUCUGGUCAUCAGUCCUCCUCAUCCUGCAGUGUGUUGCAGUGCCCUGAUGUCUGCACCUGCAGUAACAACAUUGUGGACUGUCGUGGAAAGGGUCUGGCAGAGAUUCCCUCCAACCUGCCAGAAACCAUCACUGAAAUCCGCUUGGAGCAAAAUGCAAUCAAGGUCAUCCCUCCCGGAGCUUUCUCACCAUACAAGAAACUGCGAAGAAUAGACUUAAGUAAUAACCAGAUUUCCGAAUUAGCACCUGAUGCUUUCCAGGGCCUGCGUUCACUCAACUCACUAGUGCUUUAUGGAAAUAAAAUCACAGAACUACCCAAAGGUCUUUUCGAGGGACUCUUUUCUCUUCAGCUUUUGCUGUUGAAUGCCAAUAAGAUAAACUGCCUGUGUGUGGACGCAUUUCAAGAUCUGCAUAACCUGAACCUUCUGUCUCUGUAUGACAACAAACUCCAGACUAUUGCCAAAGGCACCUUUGCUUCCCUUCGGGCAAUCCAGACCUUGCACUUAGCCCAGAACCCCUUUAUCUGUGACUGCCAUCUGAAGUGGUUGGCCGAUUAUCUUCAUGACAACCCCAUUGAGACCAGUGGUGCCCGCUGCACCAGCCCCAGAAGGCUGGCAAACAAGCGGAUAGGGCAGAUCAAGAGCAAGAAAUUCCGCUGCUCAGCAAAGGAACAAUAUUUCAUUCCAGGUACAGAGGAUUAUAGAUCCAAGCUUGGAGGAGAUUGCUUUGCGGAUCUGGCAUGCCCUGAGAAAUGUCGAUGUGAGGGAACCACUGUGGACUGUUCCAAUCAGAAACUCAUCAAAAUCCCAGACCACAUUCCUCAGUACACGGCUGAACUGCGUCUCAACAACAAUGAAUUCACAGUUCUUGAAGCUACUGGGAUCUUCAAGAAACUCCCUCAGCUCCGCAAAAUAAAUCUAAGCAACAACAAGAUCACAGAUAUUGAAGAAGGUGCCUUUGAAGGGGCUGUCGGUGUGAACGAGCUGAUACUGACCAGUAACCGCCUAGAGAAUGUACACUUCACAAUGCUCAAAGGACUUAACGGCCUGAGGACACUGAUGCUGAGAAGUAAUCGGAUUAGCUGUGUUGGGAAUGACAGUUUCACUGGACUGAGUUCUGUGCGUUUGCUCUCCCUGUACGACAACCAGAUCACCACAAUGGCUCCUGGGGCAUUUGACACACUCCACUCGCUGUCAACUUUAAACCUGCUGGCCAAUCCUUUCAACUGUAACUGCCACCUGGCCUGGCUGGGUGACUGGCUGAGGAAGAAGAGGAUCGUAACUGGGAACCCCAGGUGUCAGAACCCUUAUUUCCUGAAGGAGAUCCCCAUUCAGGAUGUAGCCAUUCAGGACUUCACUUGUGAUGAUGGCAACGAUGAUAAUAGCUGUUCCCCGCUUGCUCGCUGCCCUGCUGAAUGCACUUGCUUGGACACUGUGGUCCGCUGCAGCAACAAAGUACUGAAGGCUCUACCUAAGGGCAUCCCCAAAGAAGUAACAGAACUGUAUUUGGAUGGAAACCAGUUCACUCAGGCUCCAAAGGAACUCUCUAAUUACAAGCACUUAACACUGAUCGAUUUAAGUAACAACUACAUCAGCACUUUGUCCAACCAAAGCUUCAGCAACAUGUCUGAACUUCUUACGCUAAUCCUGAGCUACAACCGACUCAGGUGUAUACCUGAGAAGGCAUUUGAUGGCUUGAAGUCACUGAGAUUAUUGUCGCUGCAUGGCAAUGACAUCUCUGUAAUCCCUGGAGGAGCCUUCCAUGAUCUCUCCUCACUGUCACAUCUUGCUCUUGGUGCCAAUCCGCUAUACUGUGACUGUAAAAUGCAGUGGCUCUCUGACUGGGUAAAAUCAGGAUACAAGGAGCCAGGUAUUGCCCGCUGUGCCGGCCCUGGCGAAAUGACUGAUAAGCUGCUUCUCACUACUCCAUCCAAGAAGUUCACCUGUGAAGGGCCUGUUGAUAUAAACAUUCUCGCCAAGUGUAAUCCUUGUCUGUCUAACCCAUGCAAAAAUGAUGGCACCUGCAACAGUGAUCCAGUAGACUUCUACAGGUGCACAUGUCCGUAUGGGUUUAAGGGGAAAGAUUGUGACGUUCCCAUUCAUUCCUGUAUCAGCAAUCCGUGUCAAAAUGGAGGAACCUGUCACCUAAAGGAGGGAGAAAAAGAUGGUUUCUGGUGCACUUGUGCAGAUGGAUUUGAGGGAGAGGCUUGUGAGAUUAACAUUGAUGACUGUGAGGAUAAUGACUGUGAAAACAACUCUACCUGUGUGGAUGGUAUCAAUAACUACACCUGUCACUGCCCAGCUGAAUACACAGCUGCUAACCUGAAUGAGGUGGAAAAAGGUGAGCUGUGUGAGGAAAAGUUGGAUUUCUGUGCCCCAGAACUGAACGCCUGUAAGCAUGACUCCAAGUGCAUCGUGACACCCAAGGGAUACAAAUGUGAGUGCACACCUGGAUAUGUUGGUGAGCAGUGUGACAUUGAUUAUGAUGACUGCCAUGAAAAUAAGUGUAAAAAUGGAGCCCAGUGCAUAGACGCAAUAAAUGGAUAUACCUGUGUGUGCACCGAGGCAUACAGUGGCUUGUUUUGUGAGUUUUCACCGCCAAUGGUUUUGCCUCGUACAAGCCCUUGUGAUAAUUCUGAGUGCCAGAAUGCGGCAGAGUGCAUUGUGAGAGAUAGUGAACCAGUGUGCCAGUGCCUGCCAGGAUACCAGGGAGAGAAGUGUGCAGCACUGGUCAGUGUGAACUUUGUGAACAGAGAGUCCUACCUGCAGAUCCCGUCACCUAAGAUCCACCCCGAGGCAAAUAUCACUCUACAGAUUGCUACUGAUGAAGACAAUGGUAUUUUGCUGUAUAAAGGUGACAAAGAUCACAUUGCUGUGGAGCUGUACCGAGGACGUGUGCGUGUCAGCUACGAUACAGGCUCUUAUCCAUCCUCGGCUAUUUACAGUGCGGAAACAAUAAAUGAUGGGAACUUCCAUGCUGUGGAGCUGGUGGCCAUUGACGAAAUGCUUUCCCUCUCUGUUGACGGUGGAAACCCCAAGAGUAUCACAAACCUGGCUAAGCAGUCAACGCUAAGCAUCGACUCGCCGCUCUACGUAGGAGGCAUGCCUGUCACAACCAACGUGGCAGCACUGCGUCAGGGUCCUGGGCAGAAUGGUACAAGUUUCCGUGGGUGCAUUCGCAACUUGUACAUCAACAACGAGCUGCAGGACUUCAACAGAGCCCCACUGCAAGUGGGAAUCCUGCCAGGCUGUGAGCCGUGCCAGAAGCAGGUGUGCAUGCAUGGAACCUGCCAUGCGACAGGCCAGUCCAGCUUUACCUGCGACUGUGAAGGAGGGUGGACUGGACAACUGUGUGAUCAACAAACCAAUGACCCUUGUGUGGGAAAUAAAUGUGUUCACGGCACAUGCCUACCCAUCAAUGCGUUCUCAUACAGCUGUAAGUGUCAGCAGGGAUACGGGGGGGUUCUGUGUGAUGAAGAGGAGGAGCUCUUUAACCCCUGCCAGUCCAUAAAGUGCAAACAUGGAAAAUGCAGGUUAUCAGGCCUGGGCAAGCCGUACUGUGAGUGUAACAGUGGAUACACAGGAGACGGCUGCGAUAGAGAAAUCUUUUGUCGAGGGGAACGAGUCAGAGAUAACUAUCAGAAGCAACAAGGCUACGCCGCGUGCCAGACAACCAGAAAGGUCUCUCGGCUAGAAUGCCGAGGUGGGUGUUCCAAUGGACAGUGCUGCGGACCACUGAGGAGCAAGCGACGGAAAUAUACCUUCGAAUGCACUGACGGGUCUUCAUUUGUGGAGGAAGUUGAAAAAAUCGUGAAGUGUGGCUGUACAAAAUGUCCUUCGUAAAUUCUUCUCUUUUUUGUUACAUGUCCCCUUGUUUUUUAAAUGAAAUAAAAAGAAAAUCGUACCUUUUGGCAGUGCUGGACUAAUUGAUGCUUCCACAGCGGAAAUGUUGAAUUAUAUUGUAAAAUACAGAACAGACUUAUUUUUUAUUACCAAGAGGGGAAAAAAUGGAGUUGACUAUUUUCUUCAUUUACAAGCCAGGAUCUAGGACUUUUUUUUUUUUUUUCAAAGAGUAAUUGACUGUAAAUGUCUUUCGGAGCUGUAGAAAUGAAGAUAACGAUUGGCAAGCCAAUUUUUUUUUUCUUUUUACUUUACUCACUGUUACUGUAUAACGAAACAUCUGGGAAUCUCUACACAUCAUAAAAUGUAAAAUGAAAAACAAACACAGCGAUAGUAAAGCACUGAUAUCGACAACACAAGCCCAGUCUUUGCCGUGUCAUAUCAAUAUGAUGAAGAUAAUAUUCUAUGAUAACGAAAGCUUCCACGUGUGGACAAGCGAUGGACUUAGUGAAACCCCAAAGGAAGACAGUGCCUGAGAAACGUUGUGUUGAAAUUCAAGUCAUGUUCUUUUUAGAUUCUGAUCUACAGAAGGGUAUAAACGGCAGUAUAAUGGAAAGUUUUAUGUAAUGUGCAUUACAUCCACCUCAAGUUUUACUUGCUCAUGUCAAGGGUACAAUAGCAGAAACAAAGUUAAGUAUUUAGCGAGCCUUGUUUUCCAUAUUCAUUAUUUUGUAAUAUAAAUGUUAAUGCAAGGUGGGGGGGGGGGAGGAGGAGGGAUAUAAGACAUAUAGAAUAUAGAUGUAUGAAUUAGUAAUUUGAAUAUAAAAUGUUUUUGGUUUUUUGUAUUAUUAUUUCUUUUCAAACUGUCUGCACAGUAUUCAAAAUAUCACUGACAAGUAUUUAUUGUAUAAAAAAAAAUACCUUUACCUAACAGGUAGAUAUUCUCCUAUACUACAGUUUGAGUCUUUAAUAUAUAUUAAUUUAUAUUUGUCCUGAUAUUUUUGUAUUUUUAAAAAAAAGCCUGAAAACAAAUCAGAAUGUGUUGGGGAUGGAUAAACUAACAUAGCAUGUCCUAUUGGGGUAAAAUGUUGUUGUUUUUUUGCUUUGUUUGUAAUGUUCUCUCCUGCUAUUGACCACUGAUGAUGCUGUAUGUUACCAAACCCAAGGUAAAAUGUUGGUGUUGAGUGCAACAACACAUUGUAUAUUUUUGUCAGAUCUCCUGAGAAUUUAUAAUUGUAUAGAGUUAACUUUUCCCUGCAUAUUUUACAGAGUGGUGUUUAGGACAUAGACCUCUUUUUACAAAUAUGUUUAGCCUUUUACCUUUUUAACAAAUUAUGCUAAGAAAAACUGUGACUUUUUUCUAAAUAAAAUGACUUUGUUAUCCCUAUGUUUCCCAUGUUAACAUGUUGCUGCUAAAUUUGUAAUGUAGAGUUGGAUGAUAAUGUGUAGUGGAAGGUGCUCUUCCAACACUCAAAAAAGAGCACACUGUAACAAAGAUUUGUUUCCUUGACUUUUUAUGAAAAAAAAGUUAGAUGUUUAUGUUUAAUGCAAGUGUGCUUUGUCUUACCUGGGCUAAUAUCAGUAUUGCUACUGAUGUUUGUAAAUUAAACAGGAUAUUUACUUCA